GCUGUUAAGAAGCUUAGUGCAGCCCUUCAGGUUAAAUCCUCUUGUGCCUGAAGAGACGGAGCACAGUACUUCCGUCGCUAAACACCUUGUGUAAACUUCUUUCAUAGGCUUAACUUUGAUCAUUCGCCAAGAUGUGUGACCAGACUUUUGUGGCCAUCACUUUUGGCCCCUGUGACAACUGCGCCAAGACAAAGCCUCUGAUGAACAUCUACCUGAACAAUGAGGUCAUCAACUACUGCUCGCUUUGUGUGGAGCUGAUGGCCUGUCAGGGACUGGAGAAGGGAGAGACCGUGGCAAAACUGAAGAAGGAAACGGAGGCUCUGAAGGUCAAGCUCGAGGUGGAGAGAAACAAACUCCACGACACUGAAUUGCACAAGCUUGCAGAGAAGGUCGAAGCUGUGGGACAGCUCAACAUAAGAGCAAGAAGAGUUCUGAAGGGACAUGCGAACAAAGUGUUGUGCAUGGAUUGGUGCACAGACAAGCGCAGGCUGGUUAGCUCUUCGCAGGAUGGCAAGCUCAUUGUUUGGGACGCAUUCACAACUAACAAGGAGCAUGCGGUGUCUAUGCCUUCCACCUGGGUUAUGGCGUGUGCCUACUCCCCCUCGGGCUGUGCAGUGGCUGCAGGUGGCUUGGACAACAAGUGCUCGGUAUACCCUCUAUCCCUGGAUAAGAAUGAAAACCUUGCGGCUAAGAGGAAGCCAGUAGCGAUGCACACCAACUAUGUUUCUCACUGCACCUUCACCAACUCCGACUUGCAGGUCUUGACCUCCAGUGGUGAUGGUACCUGUGCCCUGUGGGACGUGGAGAGUGCACAACUGCUGCAGAGUUUCCAUAGUCACACAGCAGAUGUGCUCAGCUUGGAUAUGGGCCCCUCUGAGACCAGCAACACUUUUGUGUCAGGGGGUUGUGACAAGAAGGCCAAGCUGUGGGAUAUGCGCUCAGGACAGAAUGUCCAGUCCUUUGAGACUCAUGAGUCAGAUGUCAAUUGUGUUAAGUUCUAUCCCAAUGGGGAUGCAUUUGCCACAGCAUCGGAUGAUGCCACAUGUCGGUUUUUUGAUUUGCGAGCUGAUCGUGAGGUGGCUGUGUUUUCCAAAGAUAGUGUCAUGUUUGGCGCGUCCAGUGUGGACUUCUCUCUGAGUGGCCGCUUGCUGUUUGCUGGCUAUAAUGACUACACCAUCAACAUCUGGGAUGUGCUGAAAGCUGAAAGAGUGUCUAUCCUCUUCGGACAUGAUAAUCGUGUCAGUACAGUGCGUGUGUCUCCCGACGGAUCAGCCUUCUGCUCGGCAUCAUGGGACAACACAUUGAGGGUGUGGGCCUAAAGUAUCAUUCACCCUAAGCGUGAUAUAGGAGAUGCAUUUAAUGGAAGAGAGUGUGGCCACUUCCAUGGCCAUCACAGUGCACGUGUUGGAGGAUCUCUGGACCUUGUGACAUGUUAAAUCAAUGGGUCUGGGGUGGAGACUUUUUAGAGCUCUGGCAUUCAGGAGUUACAUACAGCACUGCUACUGUUAUCACACAGGAGUCAAUCUGUUUCAGCUUCUCUCCCUACCUCAACUGACUAUCAUUACACCAUUAUAAGUGUAUUACAUAAGUAAUACAUAAGGUAGUACUGCCACUGUUAAUAGGAAUAAGUAAAUAAAUACAUAAUAAAUGAUGUAUUUUCCCUUUUCAACAACAUGAAUAGGCAUAUUGACAUUUCCCAGACAUAGAGAGACUAACCACACUAUAACUUGUGCCAUGUAUUUUAAGGCUCUGAUACAGUUUGUAUUCCCAGUAUUAACAUUCAAUACACCAUUUACAUAUUCCUUUGCUAAAAUGUAGACUAGAAUAUGUUGUCAUACAUUUUGCCAGUUGUAAAAAAAAGAAAGAAUAUUUUUCAGCUAUAGCAGUAAAGUUACUUGGCAAGAAUUGUAUGCCUAAUUCUCAGGACCCUCUCAGAUUAAAAGCACAACACAACUGUGAUGUAUUACUUAGCACGUUUUAAAAGUGUAAGGGAAAGUUAAAACACUUGCAAUGUUGGGGUUAUUGAUGAAAUUUCAACUUUCAGUAUUUCAAGUUACUACCUACCAACUCUGUAAUUUCUGUACACACAGUCCAAUUUAAAUAAAAUCUAUUUAACUAA